AUGGCAGAACUACCUAUACCCGUAUUCCAUUCCCUGGACGAGAUUCACGCCGAUGGAGCGAAAGCUGCUCUGGCUCAAGCGGAAAGAUGGAAUAACCUGCUUGUGAGAUUUGAGAAGAUCUUUGGAUGCAAAGCGACCCAUGUCGCCCGCGCUCCAGGACGAGUCAAUCUCAUAGGCGAGCACAUCGACUACGCCCUUUUUGGAGUCCUCCCCACCGCGAUCGAGAGAGAUAUUCUCAUGGCUCUGUCUCCCUCCUCAGCCCCAGGAGGGCAAAUAAUAGCCGAAAACCUGGAUGAACGUUAUUCGCGCCAGGAGUUUGCGGCCCAGAGGGUCGGAGAGGAAGGGAAAUGGGAUUUGGGGAUCGACACAAGAGAGCUGCGGUGGGAAAGCUAUGUCAAAGCUGGGUAUUAUGGUGUGCUGAACCACCACCUUGCUCACCCCACUUCUGUCCCCCAAAGCAUGAAUAUGCUCGUAACAGGCUCUGUACCCGCUGGUUCGGGCCUGUCAAGCAGCGCAGCGAUGGUCGUUGCCUCUACCCUCAGUUUCUUGGCCAUGAACGACGCGUUGGGACAAGUGACCAAGGGGGAGCUGGUAACACUCGCCAUGGAGAACGAGAAGCGAGUGGGGGUCAACAGCGGGGGGAUGGACCAAGCCGCUUCAGUGAUCUCCACUCCUUCCGCCGCAUUGUAUAUCACCUUCUAUCCAGCACUCCGCUCCGCUCCCGUACGCAUUCCUCGCACCUCACCCAGCGCAGUCUUCGUUAUCACAAACUCCCUCGUGGUGUCGGACAAAGCGCUGUCUGCGAAAGUGAACUACAACCUGCGGGUGGUAGAAACUCUGGUCGCUGCACGAGUGCUAGCUCGUGCACUAGGCAUGAAAGUAGGGGAAGGCGAGAAAGUCACCAUGCGGGAGGUAGUGGGUCGUUGGGCAGGAGAGGGAGAAGGGAAAGACAUGGGCCCGGAGAAGCUUGAAGAAGUUCUGCAGCGCCUGAUACCGGAGGCGGAGCGAAUCCUGGGAGAAGGGAAUGGGAAGACCGGGCUGACCCAUGAGGAGAUGGUAGCUGCGAGUGGGUUGGACGAAGAUGCGUUCCACCAGCUCUACUUGUCCUGGGUACAAGUGGAAGCGACUGAUUUCCGCCUCUACGCACGGACGAAACACGUCCUCUCCGAAGCACUCCGCGUCCUCCAAUUCCGGAAGAUCUGCGCUUCCCACCCCUCUAAUGUCACUGCCACGUCCGUCAGCGAGCAAGAACAUGGGGAUGAGGUGCUGAAAGAGCUGGGAGAGCUAAUGGAUGCUAGCCAGGAAAGCUGUAGCAAGCUGUUCCAGUGCUCGUGUCCUGAGCUGGAUGAGCUUACGCAGUUAGCGAGGGAGGCGGGCGCCUAUGGAAGUCGCCUAACUGGUGCAGGAUGGGGAGGGUGUGCUGUGUCGUUAGUUGCCGAACCGCACGUGCCUGCGUUUAUCGAACAGAUCAGCAAGACCUAUGCCCCAUAUAGGGCGCUGAGCAAGGAGCAGCUCGAAGCGGUCGUAUUUGCAACUAAGCCGAGCAGCGGCGCUGGAGUUUAUGUUGUUGAAUGA